AUGUUCAAAUCAGCGAAACACCAUGAAGAUAGGCACUGCAUCGGUUGCAUCGGCAAAGACGGGGUCUACAGGGUCAUACACUAUCUCCCCGGACCGCCCGACCAGAUAAGCAACUACGAGAUCUACGACGCGAAGCCCAUGUCGCCAGAGAUGAUCAAGGCCUGGCUUGAUAGACAGCCGUGGAAACAGGAGACGGGGGACAAGUACCGAGGAGCUGAUGGUAGAACAAUUCCAGAGGAACAGUGGUGGAACCCCCCACCUGGCAUGCUAUUUACUAUGCGAUCGAAGAACGAGCGCGAUGAGGAGAUGAGGGUCUAUCGCGAGGAGCGAAAGGCAAAAGAAGAGAAGAUUGCAAGGGGGGAGAUUGAAGCGGAGGUGCCUGUUGCGUGUAAUAGCAUCAAGAGUGACUAUGAUCUCAGCCCUCGCUAG